CAUCUGGUUGUGAAAGCAGGUUUGUUCCGCGGUGAUGCCACGAGCGCUCGGGUUCAGCUGUUGAGAACAUCUGUGUAUGGAGAGCGCUGGUUUUACUUCUCAUGAAGAAUCCAUCUGGAGUCAUUUCCAAAGCGCUACAACUCACAUGAUUAGUCAGGUGUCAGCAGACACUGUUGCAGAAUCGUAAGGAAGGAAUAAACGGAGAUUGACGAGUUCAUUUUCCUUUUGAAGAGUUUAGAAGCUCUGACCUCAGGAAGAUGUUUGUGACUGGUUAAUCAGUGAAAUAUGGCACAUUCUGGAGUCCGGGCUGUUGUCGUGGCCCUCGCGUGUCUGUGGGGAGUCGUGAGGAGUCAGACUACCCUCACCCCAGGUUUAACAGCCACCACAGUUAUUGAGAAUGUGACCGCCAUCAAUGUGAAUGACAGUGUGACUACGAUCACUUUUAGCACCACUACACCUGGCUGCUCAACCAUGAACAUCUCCAGCUGUGAAGCCUGUGCACCAGGCACCUACUAUGACAAUGAGACGUUGCUGUGCUCAUGUUGUCCGGAGCCUGGGCUGUGUAUCAUCCCCAGUGGCUGUCGGCCUUGCUCACCAGGUUUUUAUCAGCCUCUAGCAGGCGGGCAGGCGUGUCUUCCAUGUACAGCGGGCUUUUACACUAAUAUCACAGCAAGCUCUGUGUGUCAGGCCUGUCCUCCUGGUUCUUAUACUAAUGGAAGUGGGUCAGUCUCAUGUCAGUCCUGUGCACCAGGGUUUUAUGAAUCCAGUUCGAAUGCCACUGCUUGUAAUCCAUGUCCUGAGGGCACCUACUGCAACUCCUCCAGUUGUGCUCAGUGUCAGGUGUGUCCCGUGGGCUCUGAAGCCCUAAACACUGGAAGUAAGCAGUGCUCCCUUUGUCGCCCAGGCAUGCACAAGACCUCUCAGCAGAAAAUGUGUCAGAUCUGCAGCAGUGGUUCCUAUCAGAUCCACUGGGGCCAGGAGAAUUGUGACACCUGCCCAAAAGACCACUACUGCCCAAGUCCAGAUGUGGAUCCAAUCCAGUGCCCCAGUGAUGCGUUUUGCCCUGAGGGCAGCACUGCUCCUGGUUAUUGCAUGGAAACUUUCUUCAGGAAGGCUGGAGACAUAUGCGAGCUUGCCCCCAUCACCAUAGCUCUAAUUGUGAUUGGAGGAGGAUUGAUUCUUCUAUUCAUUGUCCUGGUGGUUUUUCGAAGGAGAAGAGAUACAGACAGCGAAUUAUCUCUCUCUCGUGCCCCGCUUCUGGGGAAAGACCGUCCCACUCAUCAUGCGUAUGGAGUCCCGUGUGAUGCGGAUCCUGUGUAUGCAGGAUGGUGACACACUGCAGACAAUGCAGAGAACAAAAGCAAACACAAUCCUUCCAAGCUAUUAUAAGCUUCUCUGCUGCAUUUGUGUAAAUGUAUAAUAACUGAAUAUUUGCAACAUUUUGAUGAAGUUUAGAGCUGCACAGGUUUUGCUUUUGAAAGUGCACUCAAAUCAAAUCUGUCUUUUCUUGAUUAUUCUGCUGACUGCUGUACACUGCACACUGGUUAAAUGAAAGGAUUGUCCUGGUAGAAGUAUUAGUCCAGUUUUUAAGCAAGGUCAAUAUGAAUACAUCUGACAAUCUGACAAUAAUUUUUCCUCUAUAUGUAGAGAGAGAACUUGUUUUGUAUUUAACUGUUGUUUAAUUAUUGCACUGGUAUUUAAUACUUGGUACUCAUUAAGACUUUGAUUGUGCUGAACUGUUGCUGUUACCUGUCGUAUUCUAUUUAUUUUCUUGUUCCCUGGUGUUUUACUACUAUGAUACUUAAGAAAUGUUCAUUUUGUGAAUUAGCAAUCUUAUGUCAUUACAAAAGGUAAACAUGUCUUUUGUUUUUAAAGCACAAUUGGCCUUGAAUAAAAAGUAAAGUUUGCACAAGUUUUAAAUGA